AUGUUAUGGAAUGAUUUGUGGAGUUUGUUCAUGUCGCGAUACUAUUGGAUCAUAUUUACAAUUAUUCCUUGUAUAAUUGUAAAAAUGUUAACACUUUAUACUCAAAAAACUGUAACCGACGACGAUCAUUCAUUGGUUAUGACUGAUGGAGAACGUGAACAAAUGAAAAUUCUUGAACAUGAACGUAGUUUAGCAUUUGAUAAAUAUUAUCGGUUUGGCCGAACUGCUGAGCCAUCGCUUGUACUUGAUGAUUUUCUUUUUCUCGGAAAUCUGCAACAUGCAUCGAAUCGAGUUUUACUUGAACGAUUUAAAAUUAAACAUAUAUUAAACGUAUGUGAUUUAGGAUUAGAACAAACCAUUAUGGAUAAUUUCAAUGUUAUUCAUAUUCCGAUGCCUGAUGAACCUCAAACAAAUAUUAAAAAACAUUUCGAUCGAACAAAUGAAUUAUUACAUGGAAUUUAUGAGAAAAAGGAAUGUUGUUUAGUACAUUGUGCUGCUGGUAUAUCUCGAUCAGCAACCAUUGUUCUUGCUUAUUUAAUGAAAUAUCAUCAUAACACAUUGAAAGAAGCUUUUUUUUUUCUUAUUGAAAAACGUCCACAAAUAUGGCCGAAUGAAGGAUUUUUAUUACAACUAUUACGUUAUGAAACUGAAUUAAUUGGAUCACGCGAAAUAACAGCAAAUGAUAAUGAAUCAAUCGAAGCUAUACAAAUGCAAGAAAACCCAAUUGAAACAUUAAAUGAAUUUGAACAUAAACAUGAAAAAGAUGAAUAA